GCCAAGACUCCAGACCCUGUUUCACUUCCGAGCAUCCAAGCAACAGGGUUCUAAUAAAUUUGUUACAAGGCUGUUAAUAAGUUACCCAGAUAACUGACAUUAUUUCCCCCGACUCAUCAAGGGCUGCUGGUCACAUUUGCAGCACAAUGUCAUCGCAAAAUUGACACGCUAGUACUCUUUAACGAUCUGUUUACAGACUUGGAGCAGGCCUUGUAGCUGCUAGCAUCAUCACCAAGAAGUGACUAGUUGUAGCGAUAGGUUUGUGGAAUGUGGAAGAGGCGGUGCGGACAACUGUACUAUCAUUUCGGAUCUAUGUUCAACAUGACACAUUAGGCCAAAGUGACAAUCUCGGCUCCAGGGUUUUUUAUGUGACACCUUGGGGGAAGAACACGGAUGCUGUGUGGUGGAGCCCACCUCACAGUCUGACACCGACUGUCAGAAUGAACGGCUCUCAGCAAAAUGACCUGAAGAGGCAAGGCUUGCUGGAGAGACUGCUAGACGCGGUCAAACAGUGCCAAAUUCGUUUCGGGGGGAGAAAGGAGAUCGCUUCAGACUCGGACAGCAGGGUGAUAUGCCUGUGUGCCCAGUUCGAGGCUGUUCUCCAGCAUGGCUUGAGGAGAACGCGAGGUCUGGCCCUCACCGCCGCUGCCAUCAAACAAGCUGCCGGUUUCACAAGCAAAACAGAAGCAGAGUUGAGCUUCUGGUUCCACGUGAAGGAGCACCUGAACCGGCACGAGCUGCAGCGCUUCUACUCGCUGCGCCACAUCACGUCGGAACUGGGCCGGGGCCGGGCCUGGCUCCGCGCCGCACUCAACGAACACUCGCUGGAGAGAUACCUGCACACCGUACUGGCCGACCGCACACGACUCAGCACCUUUUAUGAAGACUGGGCUUUCGUUAUGGACGAGGAGAGAGCCAGCAUGCUCCCCACUAUGGCUGCAGGCCUGAACUCCAUCCUGUUUGCCAUCAACAUCGACAACUACGACCUGAACGGCCAGAGCCGCGGGCCAGGAGGAGGAGGGGUGGGAGGGGUGGCUGGCGUGGGCAGUGCCGCCGUGUCCAACCUCCUGAAGGAGUCCACGCAGGGCAUGAGCAGCCUGUGGAAGGAGUCCACGCAGGGCGUCAGCAGUCUGCUGAGGGAGAUCGGCUCCGCUACGGCGGUGGUGCCCGGCUUUGCCCCGAGAGCCGACGGGGCGUCCGACCCACUGCCUGUGAUGCCACGCAGCACCUCUGCAGACUCAGGCCUGAGGAAGGAGCGGCGUCGUAAGAAGAAGGUGACCAACAUCAUCUCCUUCGACGACGAUGACGACCACGACACAGAGGAGCAGCCGUACGAGGGCAUCCGCAGCCCCCGCAAGGGCCUGGUGGUCACCACACCAAUCAGCACCCUCACAUCCACCCUCACAGCAACGCCAACGCCAACAGCCCCCGUGCCCAUCGGCCGGCCCAGCCCUGAGGAUGAGGAGGAGGAGGAGGAUGGGGUGGGAGGGGAAGAGGCGGAGGAUGGAGGGGUGCCCAGGCCGUCGCUUGACACUCUGGAGGUCCUGGAUGCCCAGGAGGCGUUGGACCCCUCGCCGUCCCAGAACGGGCUGCUGGAGCCGGGCAUCGUGGGCUGGGCCACCACCCCUCCGGCGGCGCACAACGGAGCUCCACCGCCAUCGCUGCUGGACACCAAGAGCAUCGACAAUGAGGAGGAGGACGAUGAGGAUGAAGACGUGUACGGGAAAGGCCGGACGGCACAGCUGCAGCAGGAGACGGCCAGCACAGACCAGAUGGUGGUGGGCAGCCUGUCCAGCGUGUCGACUUGGAGUCCGAGGCAGCAGAUCCUGACGGAGAAUGACAACGACAGCUCCGACAUCUUCAUCCCGCUCGCCCCCUCCGAGGUCUACACACAGCCAGUCGGUUCAGUGGAGACGACGGGAUAUGUGCCAAGGAGCUCCAGCAUAGCCACUGACAUGGAGAAACCCCUGUCUCAACUGCAGUUCAGCAUGGAGCCCAGUCCCCCAGUGUCGUCCGCACCUGUCAGCAGCACGCUGCCCACCCCGGGCCUGCCCGACGCAAUGACUGUUGUUGAACUACGGCAAGCCAUAGUGGCCAUGAUGAACCGAAAGGAUGAGCUCUCCGAGCAGAACACGUCGCUGCGUAGCCUGUUGGAUGGGGAGAUGGAGCACUCUGCUGGCCUGAGGCAGGAGGUGGACACCCUGAAGACCAAACUGGCGGAGCUGGAGGAGAGGCACGCCGCCAAGGUGCAGGCCCUGGGCAGAGAGAACGAGGUCCUGAAGGUUCAGCUGAAGAAGUAUGUGGGGGCGGUCCAAAUGCUGAAGAGGGAGGGUAACCAAGGCAACGACGCUAUGCACAACUGUGAAGCUCCCCUUCCUGCUCCUGUUUACCGGGCCACGGCAGACGUGGAAGAGCUGGCCUCCAACUACGAGCGGAAGCUCAUCGAGGUGGCAGAGAUGCACGGCGAGCUGAUUGAGUUUAAUGAGAGGCUGUACCGCUCCCUGAUGGCCAAAGACCACCUCAUCACACAGAUGAGGCAGGAGCUCAUUGACCUGCGCGGACCGAUGCCUGGGGACUUGAGCCAGACAUCCGACGACCCCAGCCUGUCAGACUUUGAGACGACCAAUCGUGCGUUGGUGAAUGUGUGGAUCCCCUCUGUGUUCUUGCAGGGACGAGCUGCCAAUGCCUACCAUGUUUACCAGGUCUACAUCCGCAUCAAGGAUAACGAGUGGAACGUGUACCGGCGCUACACCGAGUUCCGGGAGCUCCACACCCACCUCCGCAUCCAGUUCCCCCAGGUGGACUCCUUCCACUUCCCCCCCAAGAAGGCCAUCGGGAACAAGGAUGCCAAGUUUGUUGAGGAGCGUCGUAAGCAGCUCCAGACCUACCUGCGCAUGGUGAUGAACAAGCUGGUGCAGACCCUGCCAGACUUCACCACCCAGCCCACCAAGGAAACACUGCUACGACUAGUGCCAUUCUGCCAGGAUACCCCCAAGACGACUGACGGCGGGUCCAAGACGGCUCGUUCCAAGGCCUCGUCCCGGUUCCCACGACUGGGGCGCAACCAGAACCGCGAUUCACGGAACCCGGAACCACAGAGCGGAGACCUUUAAGCCCCACCCCCUUUUUUGCAGCGGUGUCAAUUCCGAGUUUGGAAAUAGUAAAAAAAAAACUGCCACAAACUUGAUCCAACAAGCUCUGAAUCAGCUGAUUGUAAUGAGUACUCAAGACAGAUACCAGUUACUCGAUGAAUUCAUCUGUGUUGGAAGGAUUUUCAACACCUCUGCUAUUUUUGCCAUAGGAUGUCAACUUAUGUCCAUGUCCAUGAGCCUGAGUGUGGGCUGAACUCUUGAAGAAGCCCUCAGGCUCCUGGCUAACGUAUCCAGGGCCGCUGACAGCUUUCACUGGGCCCCGGACAAAGUCAUCUGAAAGGGCCCCCUACUGAAUACAUACAAUGUAAUGGGGACCCGAUUCUGGGGCCCCUCUCUCCCUGGGCCCAGGACAACAUACCCCGUUCCCCCCACACCCACCACCUGUCGGCUGGCCUGAACGUAGCACAUGUAGACGAACUUGGAUGAACUCAGCUACAAAGGCGGACAUGGGGGAAAUGAUCCUGCUUGACUUGGGACCUUCUCCGAAGACCUUCUUGGGCCUUCUGAACUUGCAACGUUUGCCUUUUUUUCUACCUUGGAUGUAUACAUUACGCACACACAUAGAUAGACACACACAAAUACACACACCAUCACACAUACGUACACACACAUAAAGACAUGCAUUUACACACAGAGGUAUCAUGUACAUACAUUUAAGCAGAAGUGGAUACUAGCUGGGUCUAGAACUGCCAUCCAUCUUAAGUGGAGGUUUUACCUUUUUUUUUAUUAAUUCUUGUGGUGGAAAUGUAUCAGUUACAGUGCCUAGCAACAUUUUUUUUACAGCCAAUAUUUAGCACUAUUUGUCAAGAGGCAGGGAGGACAGAAACCAAUCACUACCCGUUUUACUGCACCAAACCAACCAAUGCAAUGACAGUACUGUAACAAGUCAUUGAUUGCACCAAAACCAACAACCCUUGUAUCUUAUCGCAAUCAUGAAAACAGUUCCCAUCUCAUUCCUACUUCGCAAUCACUGGUGACCAAUUUUCGAGGACAACAACUCCAAGUUUUCAGACACAUGUCAUUAAACCAAAUAUACAGCAUAACAAACUAACCAUUAAUCGAUGUGCAAAUCAUGUAUAUAGACGACGAUCUAUACACAAGAAGAGAAGAAAACGAAAAGAAAAAAAAUACACAUACUGCCUGCAAUCUAUACAGAUGAUAUGAUUGUUUAAAUGUACGUAAACAAAAUAUAUGUUGGAUCGACAGGACUGAUGAUGACCCUUGUCCAUCCUAUAUUAUGUGAUUGUCAGCCAUUGGAAAACACUUGAACAUGCCGGAGGCUAAGUUUAAAAAAGAUAAAAGUGGUUUGUGCAUUGCCAUUGACUCGUCGAACAAAGGAGAAACAUUACACAGGGAAAAGUAUUUCUGUAAUGGAGGGUGACGGAUCUGCCAAGGACAUGCAGAGAACAUUGGAUCUCUACUACACCACCGCUGCUGCUGUGCAAACUGGAGAGAGAGAGAGACAGAGAGGGUUUGAGUCAAACCACUUCCUCCCAUCCUUUCCUGUUGUUUGUGGCCUCUUACGUGGAGAAAACGCUAAAGUUUGCACGCUGUCAACCUAGACAGCAACUUUCAACAUUCAUUCAACAUUCAACCUUCAACAUCCAACCUGAUUGCAAAUGAGAGGAUGACCUUUGAACUGUUCAUUUUGCAAGAUAUUGAAUUGUAAUGAUCCUCAAUGGCAUCGAGCCACUAGGCUGCACAAGGUAACAGCAAAGGACGGGAGGGAAGUAGUUUGGCUUGCACCCAGAGAGAGCGUGUUGUGCUGUGGUCGGAUCAUACUUCUAUUCACAUUGUUAAAGGACUUAACAAGCUUCAAAAAAAGGGCAGAAUUGACCGUGAUGGUGUGGUGUGGUGUGGUGUGGUGUGCGCGCUCCCCCUGGUAAUGUGAAAUGCAUUUGGACUACAAGGGCGCGUCAGGAGGAGGCUGGAGCGUGGCAUGCUGUGAGGCCCUUGAGGAGACGCUCAGUAGGGGGGGCAGAGUGUUCCGUAUAGUAGAAUACCAUUCCGCCACGGAAUAUUUUCCAAUCAAUAGAGGAGGCUGCCGCUUCAAAAACCCCUCGCUUCACUGGAUUGACUGUCCUUCUGUCUGCCUGCCUGCCUGGCUCCAUUUCUUUCUCUCCAUUUCACUUUCUGCUUUCUUUCUCUUUCUCAUCUCUUCUCUCUCAUCUUUCUCUUUCCGUCUCUUUUAUCCCUCUCUCUCUGCCUGCCAACCCCCCCCCCUCUUUCUCACACAAACACAAACACACACACAAACACACACACACACACACACACACACACUCCCUCUCCCUCUUUAUCUCUCUCUCUCUCUCUCUCUCUCUCUCUCUCUCUCUCUCCCAUCAUCUCAAUCUGAAGCACAACGUGCGCAUCUGAGGGAAACUCGACAGAGGCACAGCACCACAGGUGUCUCACCCCCGACUCUCCUCUUCUCUCUUCAUGACAAAUGGCACCACUGUGCUAUAGCUCUCAGCGUAAUCUGAUGAAAUAAAUAAAAAGAGACAUGUGAUGUGUUUCCGGGACAUCCGCCAGUCUCUUCUCUCUUCUUUCUCGGGCUUGUUUGAUGGGGCACUUUGGUGCCCGAAUGGUCAUCUUGUAUGGAAUCUUAUGAAAACAAUUCCUGUCUGUAUCUUUUUUUGCGGUCUUGCUGUUGCUUAAACUAUUGAGGGUUUUUUUUUCUUUCGGUCUCUGUCUUACUCUCUUAGCUUUCUCUCUCUUGGCUUUCUCUCUCUUAACUCUCUCUCUCUCUCUCUCUCUCUCUUUCUGUCUCUCUCUUUCUCUCUCUCUCUCUCUCUCUCAUACUGUAUAAUGCCAAGGUAUCACUAUUACCACUCACUCUACCACUAUGUACGGUAACCCAAACAGGGGAAGUUAAAGGAUGCUUACUCAACCAACCUCUGCCUCUGUCUCUGGUGUCAGGCACUGUGACCCAGUACCAAUCACUUAACUGCAGCUUUCAACCCUUCUCCUUAUAGUCUGAAAGAUUGUCAAGAACUCCCACAUGGGCCAUUUUGCGGCACCUUUGUUUGUUCGUGUUUUAGUCCUGGGCUACGUUCACACGCGUUACUCAUUUCUCGCUCACUCACCUACUCGAUCGCUCAUGGAACGUUCACUAACACGCCCCAACAGGUAUAAAGCGAAAAGUUAGCUGACAAUAAUUCGAACUGUGCAUUACAAUUACUCGCUUACUCACCUCGCUCGAAGUUAAAUUAUUUUUAUCUCAGAAUCUGCCCACAUCGCAUUGCUUGUCCUCUCUUGGACUCCUGGCUUGGCUGGAACACAUAGACAUUCUAUUGACUUUGCUCGCUGAGGGAGUACCUUGUAGCGAUGUGUGUGAACAUAGCUUUAGACCUUUAUCGAGGUCUAAUGACAAAGGUCUAAGGCCUGAUGUACAGUAUGCUUGCUGUGUGACUUAAAUUACACAUGCAACUGUGUGCAAACGUGUGCAAACGGGAUAGCUCUUGUUAAUAUUUUCCACCAUUUGUAUGACUCUACCGCGACCUCAACAUGGAUAUUCAGAAGAUCGGCCAUUGCGGUUUCAUUUGUAUCGUAUUUCGUCACCAUUGCACCGUACACAGACACUUCUGCGUACCUUGUGCCAAGUGUGUUAGCCCAUGCAAAAUUGACAUACAGUACACAUGACAAGGCAUUCCUGCACGAAUGCGUAUCCUGCUGCUAAAUGUUGUAAAUAAAGUUGCUGCGAAAUGGCCCCUCUGCUGAAGUUUUUACAGUUUUUGUUUUCUGAUCAGCGACCUACAGGGUCUUCUACAACGUACCUGCGAGAUGAGAUGAGAUGUGCAAAAAAAUAAAACCAAGUUGUACUUCUUAUAAACCUGUGCUUGUUCUGCCUAUAAGGAUGAUCUGGUAAGAUGAAAGGCCAGACUUGAAAAGACACCAUUUUGAAGGAAUUUUGAAGUCUUGUGUGUAACACUCUGGAAUAACAGUCUCUUAAAAAGCAUUAUUGACAAUAUAUUGACAUGUAUUAAUGAACCAAUUCUAAACAAAACAAGUGAGGAAGAA